CAGAGGGAAUGCAGGACUGCAAUGGAGCACAAUGCAAUACAGUGGUUGGGUGCUACUCCCUCCUGCCAGCGAGGCAGCUACGCCUUCUACAAGUCGGUGAGCAGCAGGAGGAAACCCGACGGCCCCGUCCAGGUGUGGAGGCUCGGAGAGUUUUACUUCAUCCGCUGCGGACCGCAGGAGCCAGUCUGCAUCGCUGAGGUGACUUUACUUUGGGAGGACCAGACGCAGCGGACACCUGCUGGCCCAGCGCUCGACUUCUACUUCCUGCCCGAAGACACACCGAAGGGUCGGACCAGGGAGCACGGAGAGGAUGAGGUUCUGGCCGUCUCCAGGAAGAUGGUGGUGCGAGUGGAGGAUUUAGUGCGAUGGUCGUGUUUGGAGCCGGUCGGUUGGAGUUCGGAGCCGACGGAGCCGACCGAGCCGUGUGAGAGGAACGAGACGAAGGAGAUGAAGGAGACGAAGGAGGAUGGUCAUGGCGUUAAGGUGCUCAGUUAUCCUCAGUACUGCCGUUUCCGCUCGCUGCAGAGACGCAUCGCGGAGCGGGCGCGAGGCCUCGGCCUGCAGGAGCCGCACCUGCUGGCUCUGGGAGGCGUGAGGGUGAAACCAAACAUCAGGGUGGUUUACUGCAGGGACACUUUCAGCCACCCGACGCUGGAGAACAGCACCAGCUUCUCCUGGCAGUUCAGAUGUCCGUCUCUGAGUCUGCGAGGACGACCUCGUAAGAGAAGAGGACGAGACGGAAAAGACUCGCCCACCUCCAACCAAUCAGAGUCAUGGAUCGAGAGGAUGAAGGAGAACGUGAUGGGCAGCGUGGAGGUGGGCUGUGAAGGCAGCUGGCUCCCUCAUCCUGAAGAACAGCUGUUCCUGGAUCAGCUGUACGUCUUCAUGGACCGCCACGGAUCGCCCAUCCACAAAGUCCCAAACCUCGGCUUCAAGAAGAUCGACCUCUUCCUCAUGUACUCUGUGGUCAAACGGCUCGGCGGAUAUGAAAAGGUGACGUCAGACCGUCUCUGGAAAGUGGUUUAUAACGAGCUGGGAGGAUGUCCCGGUAGCACUAGCGCCGCAACCUGCACCAGGAGACACUACGAGAGGUUGAUGCUUCCUUACGAGGAGCAUCUCAGAGCGGGAGGAACCGAACUCAAAGUCCCAGAAUCCCCCUUGCCACCAAAGCCCAGAGGGAUCAGAGGAAGGAAACCGCUUCAGAGGGGAAGAAAACCAGGACCCAAACCCAAGAAGAUCCUGAUCCCUCCUCCUCCUCGCACUGUGACCAUCAUGUUCCUUUCCUGUGUCUCUGAGCAGAUCGUGACGGCAGACGGCACCGUGGUGGUGAAGAGAGGUCGCGGUCGGCCGCCGGGCAAACGUAACAAAGCCACGCUGAUCGCUCAGGCCAAGCUGAUGGCUCAGCAGCAGGCUAAAGCUAAAGUUAGCGCCACCGCAGAGUGUACGCUGAUCCCACCCAGAGGCAGACCUGGACCGACCCCCAGCAGCACACACAGGGUGCCGCAGCCUCUCCAGACUCCCUCCCUGCAGCCUGUCCAGCCGGCCGUCCUCCCCGCCAACAUGCCCCUCACCCCGGACCUCUCGCCCAUGUCCGCCCCCUUCCUCCCCUUCCAGCCCAAACCCAAGGACCUGAAGGACCGGGUGGAGUGUGCGACUCCGGGCGUGCUGCUCUCCGCUCUGCCCCGUCACUUCGUCGGCGGGUCUCUGGGCGGCUUCAGCCCCAUCAAAGGCCUGUGUCCCCUGGACGUCCUGAGGAGCCGCGUGGGCUUCCAGAGGAACCUGGAGAGCCCGGCCCUGACGCCUCAAGACCCGACCCAACACCACACAACCAUCUACACCCUGCAGCCUAAAAGCGGAAGCCCGGAUACCCCUCAUCCAAGCGGGGACCAGCUCCAGCCUCAGCCUCACCAGCCGCCCCACCUCCACAACCGCUGCUCUGGGUGCAACGUGGACGAGGCGGCGCAGAGAGGGGGCGGCCGGGACGCAAGGAACCGGCUUCCUCUGCCGCCUCUACGGGUGCUGCCAUUGGAUCUGGACUGCAGCGUUCAGGUCCGGCAGCUGAUGAGGACUCGUCUGGACUCGUCUCAGUUCCAGACCUUCACCCGCCGGCUGUCUGAGGCGCUGUCCCAGGACCUGAGCACCAAGCCCCCCUGUUCUCCCAUCACCCCUCCCCCUGAGCAGGCCCUCCCCCUCAACCUCAGCAAGCGCUUCACGACUAAGAGACCCAGCACAGACGGACCGGAACCCAACGCAGAUCAGCCGUCAGCCAAGAGACCCAGAGCGGAGCCGGCGGAGGACUUCAGCCCGAGCAGCCGGUCCAGCUGUGGAGGGAGUGGAGGAGGAGUCCAGGAGGUGGAGAUGAAGAACCAAGAAGAACCUGCGGACCUGAGCUCCCCCAGCAGGAUCAGGGCCUUCCUGCUCGGGCUGCCACCCUUCCAGGUGAAGCUCGAGGAGGAUCUGACCGGGAUGAGGUUCGGGAAAUUCCUUCCUCCUCCCGGAUCCGAGGCUGAAACCCAGCGGACUGCAAAAGAGCGAGGCGACGGAGGAGUAAAGAAAGAAGUGAAGAAGGAGGACGACGUGGCUGAAGCGGAGCAACGCGACACGGAGAAGUUGGAGCAGAAAGAUCCGACGCAGAUGGAGUCCACGACCAUAGCGGUGGAGUUUGUUAAAGGCGAAGACGUCGAGACGGGAAUCCAGGAUGUUAAGGAGGAAGCGAAGAGCUCGGCGAUCUCCUCCGUGGGUCAGAUGGAGGACUUCGGAGGCCAGCAGAUUGGAGACGUAGAGAAAAUGGAGUGUGAUGUUGAAGCCUCCAGCAAAGGGCUGCCGAGCCCCGUCCUGCCGCAGCCCACCGCUCUGGUUCUGGCCCAGCAGAGCUGAAGAGCCCUCAAACACUGUUGUUUUUUAGCAUUAUGGGAUGGAAAAGCUGUCGGAUACGUGGAGGAUUUGGAAUCUGGAAAGUUGUAUCCAGCGUUGGGAGCUUCAGUGGUGGAUCGGCUCAUGUUGGAGCCUGAAUACUCGAAGCAGGGAUGUUUCUUUUCUUCAUCUUUGAGAACAUCUGAACUUCUUUCUGUUUCUGUCUCUUUGUUAUUUCCUGUUUUUUUUUUGUUUUUUUGUGGUUUUCGAUCACAUCAUUGAUUGAACUUUGCAGAGGAAUGUCGACAAAGAGACUCAUGACAAUCACAAAUCAGUUUCUCUUCAUUUCUCUGAUUAUUUCUGUCUCUUUAAGGUUAAAAAAAGAAACAGGAGCGAGACUGUGACUCUAACAAACACUGCCAUAACCCUCCAUAACACUAUUAACUCCAUUAUUCAAUGUUACAGUGAAAUAUUGAAUAAGAUCCUUAUUAUGUAAAAUCAAAAUCAAUAUUACAUCUAUGGGUGAUGCUAUGCAUCAAGACUUCAUUAAUUAGCAUCUAGAGUGUACUGUAGUUUGGUAGCUUCAUUUUUAAAUUGUACUCUACUUCUGUAGAGAAAUAGUUAUUUUCUGAUAAAGUGUUUAGAUGUUAUCUGGAGCUCCGAGUGAAAAGCUCCUCAGUCUUCACAUUAUAGCUCGUUAAGUGAAGCGUUUCUAUAGUCCUGCUCGUUAGCUGAAAUUAUAUAAACUCCCUUUUUCUUACACAUACGUGCCUUAACUGGCCUGCGAUCUGUCAUCGCCGGCUUCAAACAUUCACUUAAAGAGAUACCUUGAUGUUGGACCUGUUUAGUUUGACUUCACUCCUCGGCAGGGCUGGGU